AUGUCAGAAGAAAACAAUUUAUUAAUUACGCUUGGAAAUUGCAUGGGACUAGGCAAGCGGCCUUACAGUCCUCCUUGGUGGGGUCAGCUAGCCUGGUUCAUUCUGUUUGCUAGCAUGCUGCUUCUAGCCGUUAUUGGUAAUACCUUGGUUAUAUGGAUCGUCCUAGCUCAUCGUCGUAUGAGGACAGUGACAAAUUGUUUCCUCGUGAAUCUUGCGGUCGCUGAUCUUCUUAUGGCAACUCUGAAUGGAGCACCAAACUUCGUGUUUCUUGUCACGGCCCACUGGCCUUUCGGCUCAGUGACAUGCACAGCUAGUAAUUUUACUGCAAAUUUGACAGUUUCUGCUGGAGUAUUUACUCUUGUUGCUAUUACUGUUGACAGGUACGUGGCUAUAGUGAAGCCCCUACAACACAGGCUGAGUCGUUCUAUGGCUCGUGCUGCUUUAUUCAGUGUAUGGUUUGCUAGUGCGCUACUUGCGUUACCUAGCUUACUUUAUUCUGACACCUACACAAAAAAGUACGUGAAUGGAGAAAGAGAAAUAUGCUUCAUAAGGUGGCCGGAUGGCAGCUACCCUACCUCAAGAACAGAUUAUUACAACUUUGUGACAUUCCUUUGUAGCUACAACUUAAUCUUCCUGGCUGUAACGUACGUAGCUCCUAUGUCAGUGAUGGUGUGGGCGUACGCUAGAAUGAGUUCAGCUUUAAGAGGCAGAACUAUUGGUGAAUGUACACAUCAUCAGAUGCAAGUUGUGCGAUCUAAAAGAAAGGUUGUGAGGAUGUUUGUGCUCGUGGUGAUGGUUUUUGCACUUUGCUGGUUGCCGUAUCAUGCAUACUUCGUCCUUGUCUAUCAUCACCAGUCCUUAGCAUCUUCACCUUUCGCUCAACAUAUAUAUCUUGCAUUCUACUGGCUGGCCAUGGCAAAUUCAAUGUUCAAUCCUCUUAUUUACUAUUGGAUGAGCAACAAAUUUAGAAUAUACUUCAAGUUGGUGCUGUGCUGGGGAAGGUCAUCAAAAACAUCGACACCAGAUAACUUAAAAAAGCAAUUAGAAAUGAACAAGUCGUUUUCUGAUAUGUCAAACGGAACUUCGAUUAUGACUAAUGGUGUGGAAGUAAAGAGCAACCCCCGUGGUGACAGUGACAGCGGCCGUCACUGUCACGUGUGUGACGAUAAACUUUAG